CGUUUACGGCUUUAGGCGUAACAGUGAGGCGGCGAAUGUAAAAAUUAAUUUUAAGCCACGGCCAAGAAUACUUUUUUUUUUUUUUUUUACCACUUCAAACCGUUCAAGUAACAUGAAAUUGAAGGAAUUAGAAAGCAUUUUGCAAGAUUGUGACGUAUUCGAUGAACCCAAGAUUGAAUUCGAACAAUACCCCACCACACCUCAUUUAGCAGCAAGAAUGCUUUAUACAGCAGAUACAGUUUACGAUGACAUUGAGGAUAAAGCAGUUGGUGAUUUCGGAAGUGGUUGUGGUAUCUUGAGUAUUGCAGCUAACAUUCUUGGGGCAGGAUACAGCGUCGGAUUCGAUAUUGAUCCGGAUGCCAUCAAGAUUGCACAAGAAAACAGUGAUUCUUUUGAUGUCAAUAUCGACUUUGUAAACACAGAUUUAAGUGUAGCAACAUUGGAUGGGUUUCAAGGAAAGUUAGAUACCAUCAUUAUGAACCCACCAUUUGGAACAAAGAAUAACAAGGGCGUGGAUAUGGUCUUGUUGAAAAAAGCGAUAGAUAUUGCUGGUACAUCGGUCUAUUCGUUACACAAGACUUCCACUAGAGAGCACAUCGAGAAGAAGGCAAAGGAAUGGGGCGUGACAUUUGAAGUAGUGGCAGAGUUAAAGUUUGAUGUGCCAAUGAUGUACAAGUUUCAUAAAAAGAAAAACGUUGUGAUCGCAGUGGAUUUCCUUAGAUUUGAAAAAAUAAAUAACACUGAAUAAAAAAAUGUAAAUAUAUCUUUGAUUAAGUGCAAGAUAUGGGCUCUCCUAUAA